CUUUGUGGACUAGCCGUUCCUGCUAAAUCAAGUCUGUCUGUAGUAAUCGAUGAUAAUUUUCAAAUUAUUCUGGAUUUUCAAAAAUGUAGCCGGUAUGAGCGUGUUCACUGGGAUCCCGUUAGAAGGAAAAAACCUUUAGGGGGCGGUGUAGGGAACAUGGUGGCUACGAGCCGGGGCUAACAGACGAAGAAGAGCGCCUACGCAGCGGACUGCAAGAUAAUAUGCGGUUCCGAUUUUGUGGUGAUUUGGACUGCCCGGACUGGGUCUUAGCAGAAAUCAGCACUUUAGCACGAAUAUCAAGCGUCAAGAUGAAACUUCUGUGUGUGCAAGUCAUAAAAGACAUCCUCGAUGAAGGCAUUGAUUAUGACAAGGUGGCAAAACUAACCUCUGAUGCAAAAUUUGAGAGUGGAGAUAUUAAAGCCAGUGUCGCCGUACUGAGUUUUAUCCUUUCCAGUGCAGCAAAGCAUGAUGUUGAUAGUGAAUCUCUAUCCAGUGAACUUCAGCAGCUGGGCUUGCCUAAAGAGCACACAACAGGACUGUGUAAAUCUUAUGAAGACAAACACACAGCUCUGCAGGAGAAGCUAAAGGAGAGCAGUCUACGCUUGGGGCGUCUGGAAACAGUGAAUUGGAGGGUGGACUACACACUGAGCUCCAGCGAACUGAAGGAGGUGAAUGAGCCCACAGUACAGCUGAAGCUUCAGGCUCAGGACCCAGAGUCUGGUUCCACUGAGACCACUGUCGUUUCAGUCACUGCAGACAAGUUCAGAGUGCUCUUAACAGAACUUAAACAAGCACAAGCUAUGAUGAAUGCACUGCAGUGAAUCCAUCUUGUAUUAUGUUUUUGUUAAUUCAUUCUAAAUAUGAGUGUCAUAUACACUUACAGAAUCUCUCUGAACUGUAAGUAGCUUUGUUACUUUCUGGUCACCAUUCACACACUGGCCUGUUGGAAGUCACACGGUUGGGCUUACAAUUCCAGUGGAAUUAAUGGGAUCAUUAUGUGAAGCAGAGAACAUGGUGGUGUAAUUCUCUAUUAUAAUGUGCAGCAGCAGUUUCAAAUCGGUUUUUGGACUAAACGUAAAACAAAUUAAGAACGAUUUCCAUUAGUUGGUCCACAGUGAUAGUGAUUAGUGACAGACUAAUUAUAAGGCAUAUCAGUACAGUACAGAGCUAUGCACAGACCGGUCCUUGGACUAAGAACUUAAAUAAUAAGUUUGCUUGGUCCAAUAUAUAAAUAAUAUAUUGCUUGGUCCACUGUUUUUUUUUUUCCCAGUCAUGUUGAUUAGUUUUUUGUUUUUUUUUAACUUGAAAAUCUUCUGUAUUUUUAGAUGAAUGUUCAUGAAAUAAAUAAUUUGACAAUAA